UUCUUCGGCGUCAUCAUCAUGGCAGACGCGUCCACCUCCUCAGGGCCACGCCGUUCGACACGGAAGCCAAAACCUAUCCAGCAGGAAACUAUCCCCAUUGUAGAACAUGUUCCAGCCAAACGAAAAGCAAAAGACGAUGCAAGUGGCGUAGAUUCUGUGGAACGGCUCGUGUACCUGUUGCAAAACUCAAAAAGCCAAUUGACCAAGAUGGACAUCUCCGAUGUCAUUAACGCUAAUGUGUGGGACAUGCUGUCUCCUGACGCGAAGAUGCGCCUUGCUGCUCUACUUCCCGCUACUGCUUUCCGUUCUUGUCCCUCAGUGCUUGAAUCUGACCAUCCUGCCGCGUCAUCAAACACUUUUACCAACGGGAACUCAACCGUUGACCCAGAGCAACUGGACCUCGCUGUGUUUACCGAUUCACACUUCUUAGCUGCUGCACACACGUUUCAGGAUCAUUUGUUUUCUAACUGGCUGUCGGAUUCUCAUGCGGAGAAAAUGAAGAAAUAUAUUGAAGGGACAAAGGAUGGAUCGCUCGCCGCACCAUGGAAAGAUGAGGUUUGGGAGCGGGACAAUGGGGCACCGACUGAAGAUGCGAAACCCAUACCUAAUGGUGAUACUCGCACCAUUGCCGGCGAGGCAGCAGAUAUCAAACUAGUCGACUUGAUCAAAAACUCGGUUAUUCGUGAAGGAGACGUUCUUGCAUACAAGCGUAAAUUCGCGGCUCUGGGCAUUGUCGUCGAGAAAGACUUGAUUAUCCAACAAAUCGAUGCAAGGACGCGGAAUUUGACAGUACUGGUGGAACCGGGCAUUAUACGGGACCUCUCAACGUCUCUACUUUUACCUGGCACAAUUGAGCCAACGGGUUCGAUACGUUCGAUGACAAUAUCCAGUCCCUCACAGUUGGAAAAUGGACUGCUUGAUAUUGACGGUAGAGUUGAGAGGUCGAAGCGGCCUCACGGGAACGCCUGGAAGAGCUUGACGCCAGGCGGCUGCAUGUCGCUCUCUCCACCGAUCCGACGGCUUUCAGUCAGUUCAGCGACGAAGCAAGAGGAUCUCAUCAAUGCCUACGAGGCGGAGGAGGAACGUAUCAUCAAUGUGCUCUCCAAAAAACUAGAGCAGCUCAAAGAAGAGAAAAUUGAGCUUGAAAACGUCUUAGAGGCCGAGUCUGAAUCGCAUGUCAACAGACUUUCCAGAGAGUUGGCGGCAUUGCGACUUGCUCAGCUUCAGUCGGCUGGCACAUCACCUCAAACCGCCGCUGUAUCGGCUGACCCAUCACUCGAAAUCAUGCUCCAAACCUUGCAACGAGAAAACGAAGCCUUGCGUUCGAGGUUGGCCGAUACUGAGAGGGACUUUGUCCGGAUUUCGAGAUUGAACGAGGUUUAUCGUGAAGAGUUGGUAGAGCAUCGUAAUCGCCUGGGACUACCUUUAGACCAUCUUAUUGGCCUAGCCUCAGCAGAUCCGUAUUCACAGCCAACACAUCUUCAUCAAAGGCCUCAGUCGGCUUUCUCGUCAAGUACUUCAUCUCCGACCAAUUCCGUGCUACAUUUUCCCUCGGGUAGGCUAAAUGGAUCACGUCCUCCUGCCCCUCCAACAAAUGGGGUGCCCAUCCCGCGUCCUAUAGUGCGUGCUAGAACAAACAACAACAACGUCUCCGAAGCAAACACGCCACUUUCCCAUUCGCCUUCCUCCUCAUCAGACUCCCCAUUUCCCUUCUCUCCAGUGACAUCCCCGCAUCCAACCAGCACGAGCUAUGUGAGCGUUAACAGCAACAUGACCUCACCACCAGCAUCGUUCAAUCCUAACACGAUUACGUUCGCAACUCCUUCGCGUGGCCUUUCUUAUCCAUCAGUUCCUCCGCCUUCGCUAUCGUCUUCUUUUGGAUCUCCCACUGUCUCGUAUCUGCCCCUUCGAGACCGCGACCCGUCAUUGUCUCCCGUUGAGCCGCAAAGCCGGCGCAAUUCUAUGCGACGGGGUGCACGAGUUGUUGAGUCUGGCAGUUUGCGUGGAUCGAGUCACAGUCGAAGAGGAAGUAUGGAGCGUGGUGGAAGGGUGGCCGAGACAGGUCAGCUUGUGCCAAGGAGUCAUAUCGAACGCACACUGCCUGCAACGACUGAGGCGCCAGAUUCACCGACCAUGGGGGACAUGGAACUUCCUGAAUAA